UGCUUUCCCUCGAUGAUUGUAGUGACUGCUCACCACAAAGACUCAAUUCAGUCCUGUAUGAAUUUCUUCAGCGUAAAAACGUGAAAAAGCUUCUCUCUACAUUUUCGUUACAACUCAUGGACGAAUACGAGUACGACGUUAUCCAAUCUGACGAUGAUCUUGAACUAGCAGAAGCGCUGCAAGCAUCUCGCGAAGAAUACCACCAAGGCUCGACUACCCGGGGUCAGGCUGGUCCAUCCAGACUUCCUCACAGUACCACCCACAUAUCAAAUGUCGAUGAACGCGGGCUUUUGUCAAACGUAGAAAGUCUGGAUGCUGAGAUAGAUAGCGUCCAGAAUCAAAUAAAACAACUUCAGAGCGUGUACCAGAAGCUGAAAUCACAGCGGCAAGAAAUCACCCGACGCUUGGAAGUUGUACGAUCAAAUGCGCCUACUGUCGUCAAGAAUAAGGGCAAGGCGGUCGAGAAGCUUAUCGACUACAAUGUAGAAUUCGACUGGACGCCGGGACUCAGGGCGAAGCUGGAGAAGGUAUUUAGAAUCGACAAUUUCCGUCUAUGCCAAGAGGCGGUUUGCAAUGCCAAUAUGGAUGGCCGAGACAUCGUCUGUGUUAUGCCAACUGGUGGGGGAAAGUCUCUUACAUACCAGCUACCAGCUGUCAUGACUGCAGGCAUGACUCUUGUUGUUUCUCCCCUCAUUGCCCUGAUGCAGGACCAGAUACUACACUUAAAGGAUGCCGGAAUCGAAGCUGCGCUGCUGGCUUCAUAUCUUGACAAGUCUGAAUCAGACGCAAUCCAGAAUCGUCUCAAAGCUCUAGCUACUGGACGUUCAGAUCAAAGAGAAAUCAAGCUUUGUUAUGUUACUCCAGAGAGAUUAUCCAAAAGCAAGCAUUUUAUUGCUCUUCUGACCCAGCUAUAUGCAGCAAAGAAGUUAGCUCGCAUUGUCAUCGACGAAGCGCAUUGUGUCUCGCAAUUAGGUCACGACUUCAGACCAGACUACAAGCAACUUUCUACCCUUCGCAAGCUUUUCCCAUCCGUACCAAUCCUUGCAUUGUCCGCAACGUGUCCUCCACGUGUCUUGCAAGACUUGGUGCAGGUUCUUCGUCUGAACCGCGUGGUGGACGGUCGUGCGGCAGAUCCAAGGAAGGGCACACUGUAUUUCUCGAGUCCGCUGUACCGCAAGAAUCUCCAUUACAAGGUAUUGCCGAAACCAGCAUCAGCCAACGCAGUCAUCAAAGCCAUGACCGAAUAUAUCCAAUCGCAACAUCCUAAAGAUAGCGGAAUCAUCUACUGCUUAGCUCAAAAGGAAGCAGAAAGUGUAGCGGACGGUAUUCGUAAAGAAUCAGGUGGAAAAAUUAAGACAGGUGUAUACCACGCAGGCGUUCACGACAAGGCGAAAAUGAGACUACACGAGGAAUGGCGGAAGGGCAACGUGAAAGUAGUUUGCGCGACUAUAGCGUUUGGUCUGGGCAUUGACAAGGGCGAUGUUCGCUUCGUCCUGCAUCAUUCAAUCUCAAAAUCGUUGGACGGAUUCUACCAAGAGUCGGGUCGUGCCGGGCGAGAUGGACAAGAUGCGGAUUGCGUUUUAUACUACCGUCCUCAGGAUGGCAGUCGAUUAUCCUCCAUGACGAUCACUGAGACGAAGGGUUCUGAAAAAGUUCAUGAUAUGCUACGCUUUGCACAAGAUGUAGUCGAAUGUAGGAAGAUACAGUUUGCCAACUACUUCAAUAUGUCCUCGCAAGUGGGGCUCAACGCAUGGUCUACCGAAAACGAAGAUGCCUUGACACCCUGCGGCCAUUGUGACAACUGCACCAGAGAUCCAGAUUCUGUCGAGAAGAGGAAUGUGACCCUUGAGUCUUGGCAAAUCCUCAAGGUCGCUCAAGCUAUACAGAAUGCUGGCGGACGUGUGACCCUCGCUCAAUUAGCAGAUGUCGCUCGCGGGACAAGAAAGGGUGAAUUCGGAAUCGCAGGGGGCGGAAGGAGGACAGCGUCAACAGGAACGCUUGAUGUUGAACACGUUGCUGGCGGACCAGUGAAUCUGUCUAAAGAUGAUACGGAAGUUCUGUGCACCCACCUCAUAGUGAACGGGUUCCUCGACGAGAGUCCAUCUGCCACGGCGCACACGGUCAAUAUCUACAUUGUGCCGGCCACGAUGGCAGCACGGCUGACUCGCUUUUCUCGCGCUGACAUUGAAAAUCGGGUCAAUCCCAAUGUGCGGGCUCCACAAAUUGAAGUAACUUUCAUAGUUGCUGGACCAAGACGUAGGAAGGCGAAAAUGGCGCCUAAGAAGCCAAACGUAAGGGGAAUCUCUGAAUUGGAGGAUGAGCUCAGCCCUGUUCCUCCGAAUCGGAAGCGAAAACCGUUGGACCUCGAUUCGGAUGAUGGUGUCUACAGCGUGGAUAAAGCGAGCCUCAGUGAUCGUGUGUCUGGGACACCGCUCACUGGUGAUACCUCUCGUGACAGUCGAACGGCAGUCGAGGGUGAAGUAGACGUUGAAGACGAGGACGAAGAUGACGUCGAUUGGUGCUCUACAAUGCGCACCCCUCCACGUAAACCUACUCGGUCUCAUGCUACGUCGUCAAGUCCUUCUCGCCCGGCAAAGCGCUUGAAAUCCUCCACGAGUAAGAUCAAGGCCUCUCGCCGCCCUGCUUCUCCCGAGGUCAUCGAGAUAUCCUCGGACUGAAAGCUCACUGGAUAACUUAUUGAUAAUAUUUAUGACUGAACACUGGUGCAACUCCUAUUGGCGUUUGGUGAUAGAAUACACAUUUGAUUAUUAUAGUUGAAUAGCAUUAUUUAGUUGUACUUCCUCCCCGUUCUCGUAUACCGCUCUUCUUCUUGGCCUCUUCUUGCUGUAUCAACUCUCCCUCCUUUCGCCAUUGCUGUCUUUCGUACGCAUCCCAUUCUUUUUUCGCGUCAAUCCAUCGCUCCUGUACAUCCCGCACAUCACUCCUAGGUCCUCGUAUCUCCCCCAGUGCACUCGAGAACAGACCAUACACAUUUGGACGCUGUGAAGCAGGUGCAGAGGCAGCCUCAAGAGUACCUUCAGGUUGGGGUGCAUUCGGUGGAGGGACGAAGACGCAGCCGGUGGCCUUGUCAACAACCCGCAUUAGGUGCAGCAUGGAUUCUUUGUCCUAAGAAGACGUGAGACAUGGUGUAUUUUUUUCUUCAGAUAAACUCAGACGAACCUCCACAGCUAACGUCUCAAACCCGAUCAGUCCAUAGUCUUCAAUAAGAGAGCAUAUUGCCAUGUUCAAAGCUGCAAAGCGAGGGCUUGCCGAGGACAGGGCGUUCUCUAGAUAAGACAAGUCCUGGACCUCGGUAUAGAAGUCAAGGUUGAAAUCUAGGAAGGAAGUGAGCUACGGUCUGUAACAACAAGAUGCGUGAUCACGUACCUAAGUCUCCGUAUUGUGUGAUCAAAUCUACCUUCGACAGCACGUUCACGUGUGGAAGCUCCAGGUG